AUGACCGACGAGAUGCAGGUGCCAGCAUCGCCAGCAUCGCCAGCAGCGGCGUUGGCUCGUCGCGCUUCUGACGGAAGUUUCCCGUGGAAACGUUCGCGAAGCGCGAGCUCCAUACCGUCGCAGCAGCGUUUUCACCGCCGGCCAGCGACACACGGCGGCUGCACUCAAGCCGUCGCAAGGAGCUGUGAUGGUGUCCCCGUCAUGCACGCCAAUGCACAAUGCAAGACCCAGAUGCAUGCUCGUACACAUAACCAUGGCAGCCACUUCGCGGUGUGGCCAGAGCCCAAAGCACUACCUGAAACCUCAAAAGAAUCGCGGAACUGCGCUGUCAUGGACCACUAUAUCGCUCAGAAAGCGAGCCCGACUUGCAUAGAGCCAGUGACUAGUCCGAGCUGUGCUGCUGGACUCGUAGACACCAUGGAAGGACAUCCAUCGUACGAAAUAUUACCUACAAGCAUUGUGUCGCUGACCGGCGAUUUCUGUCUGACAUCAGAGCAUCUGUAA